AUGGCGCUCAAACCGAACAUCCAAUCCCUCCCAAUGGAGGUGCUGGAUUACGUAUUCGCCCAUAUGGACGACAAGGAGUCUAUCAAGCAAUCUCGCCUCGUUUCUCGGGCCUUCAACAACGCAGCUACUCCAUAUCUUAUAGACAAGGCGCAAGUCCGCGUAACCUCCGAAUCCCUAUCACGACUCGAGGAGCUCUGCAGCCAUGAUAUAUUUUCCAAAUCCAUCACCAACGUCACCAUCAUUCUCUCCCAGUACGAUGUCGGCCUGGCCAUGGAUCAAUCUCUUUUCAUGCAGGAUUGCACCGGGCGCUUACUGCGGAAUAUGGAGAUGCGCGAACGCAUGGGAGCCUACAAAUGGCGUCGCAUGAUCGCCAGUAGGUGCGGCAAGAGAGUGCCGCCAUUCAGCUUCCAGGAUAAAAGCAGGGAGGACGCUCUCCAGAGAGAGAUUGAACAGCAGCUUUGGGGACUGAUGUACUUCAAUCCUGCGCUCCUCGAGAUCUCGGAAGAAGGUUUCGAUGAGAAUGAAGCUACUCCGUUUCAACAGGUCGCCAUGCGACUCUACACCACAUAUAGGGAACGAUGCCAAGAUCAGGAGAGGCUUCGCCACGGGAACAACCAUGUUGACCGGAUCUGUUCUGCGCUGACCAAGCUUCCGAACCUCUGUAACCUGCGCCUCAACGACCCCUACCUUUUAGUGGACAAGGAGUUGCAAGCUUCUGAUUUCCCGGAUCUCGGCUUUGAUCGGAGGAUGUUGGAACACUUCGACUGCAUACUCUCGCCUUCGCGGUGGUGCGGCUCGCAUACCACGAGGUCUACCAUUGUCCCACCGGUUGAGAUGUUGGGAGAGCUCUGCGCCCGGCUUGGCCAAAGCGGUAUCAGACCUCGAUCAGUAUGGGUGAGAAUGACCACACCCGCGGACCUGUGGCGCGUCACGUUGUCGAGGGAGCAACAGGCCGGCCUCAAGCUUCUCAUGUCUAAAGUCAGUCAUGCUAGGAUGGACGUGGACGGGAUGGAGACUCAUGAGCGGCCCAGGGAUGGCUUCCUCGGCCUUUGCUCUUUCACCAAGCCCUUCUUUACAGCUCCGAAUCUAGAAAUGCUACACAUCAAUUUUGACAAUUAUACGUCUAGCUGUCGAACGCCCGAGGCCGGCUUAUCUUAUCUCCUACCCUUGGAGAACCCUUGGCAACACCUGGAUACUCUGAUUCUCAGAUACCAGCCCGCUACCAUCGACGAUUUGAGGGCGCUUGUUACUCUACAAGCAGAUACUCUCACGAAUUUCAAGUGGGACUAUGGUUGGCUUCUGAGUGGCCGUUGGUCAGAAGUAGUGGAACUGUUACGGGGUUUCCGAAAGCUCAAACAGGUGUCCUUGGAGUACCCGAAGGGUGAGUACUUCGGGACACAAAAUACUCCUACAGGUGACGUUCCUUAUGACGAAAUGCGUAGCUACAUCCUUAGGGAGACGGAUAUCAAUCCUUUGGUCGCUGAGCAUACAAGCUAG